CCGAGAAAUGGCGUGUAGGGAGUGUUUGUUCAUGGAUUGUGCGCUGUAAUGAUAAUGUGAUUAAAUUGGCAUGUUCGCACCAGUUGCGAGAGAGUUCCAAGUUGAUUUGUUUUCAAGCUCAGUUCAAAUUGAUGGAGUUCACCCCCCACAGGACACAAUUACACUACAGCGCCUAACAUGAAUUCAGCAAACAUCUUCAUCUUGGGAAAAUUCUGCAGUGAUUUCAUUCAUUCAUGUGGGUUUCCAGUACAGGGAAUAGGCUGAGCAUAUAUAAGAUCAUUUGCUAUGGGGACUUUCUCUAGAUCAGAAACAAAGGACUAUGCUAAUGUCUUCGUUAUUUUACGUAAUCAUUGGUCAUCCAAGAUGAUGUCUAAUGUCUUCUUCACACUCAUUGACUUCCUUUGAUAUACCUCGUGAUUGUGGCAUGACUUGUGCCUCCUUGUUUGGUGGAUCUUGAUCCUGAGUACGUCUUUCAAUAUGGAUGAUGUCCAUUUUUUAAUUCCUUGAAAACAAUCUUUGAGAGAUCAUUGUAGCCUUCAUCAAACACCUAGCCGAUUUCUCCAGAGAGGGAAAUAAAAGCAAAUCUUUGAGCUGCUUGAGCUGCAGACUGCAGUUAUGAGAAUUCUUUGUUACUCCUUCUUCGUGCUUAGGCUGCUAUACGGUGUUGCAUCACAGGAUUCACAGCCACUUACAGACCCAAAAGAAGUGGUUGCAAUUCACAAGAUAGUUGAUCACUGGAAUUUGGGAACCAAGUUGAACCUCACUAAUCAUGACCCUUGCAAUCGAAGUGCAGCUUGGUCUUACGAACAAGCUAAUCCGAGGAUUGCUUGCGACUGUUCUGCCACUAUCUGCCAUAUUACCCACUUGAAAAUAUAUGCUUUAGAUAUUGUUGGAGAGAUUCCAAAAGAACUGUUUGUGCUUACAGAACUGAUGGACCUAAAUUUGGGUCAGAAUGUUUUGAAUGGCUCUAUCCCAGCAGAAAUUGGGCAGCUGUCCAAAAUGAAAUACCUGAGCCUAGGGAUUAACAACCUCACCGGUCCAGUUCCUUACGAGCUGGGGAAUCUCAGUGAUUUGAUUUCAUUAAGCUUCAGCUCAAACAGUCUGCAUGGAUCCUUGCCGCCAGAACUGGGAAACAUAACUUCCUUAGAAGAGCUGUAUAUCGAUAGCAGUGGAGUGAGUGGAUUAAUUCCUCAAGAUCUGUCAAAAUUGAAAUCUCUAAAGCAACUAUGGGCGUCUGACAAUCGUUUUGUUGGAAAGCUACCAGAAUUCAUUGGAAAUCUUGAAGAUCUCUCAGUCCUGAGACUGGAAGGAACACUUAUGGAAGGCCCUAUACCGAACAGCUAUGGUGCACUAAGGAAGCUAGAUGACUUGAGAAUUGGUGAUCUCAGCAAUGCAGAUACUUCUCUGAACUUCACAAAGAACUUGAGCAGUCUUUCUAUAUUAUCAUUAAGAAAUUGUAGGGUAACUGGUCGACUUCCAGAAUGGCUUAGUACCUUUGCAAACCUGAAAACCUUGGACUUGAGCUUCAACAAGUUGACAGGUGAAAUACCAGAUUCAUAUAAAGCCUUUGCCACUUUAGAGUACUUGUAUCUUGGAAGCAAUGAGUUGAGUGGAGAGCUAUCUGCAAACAUCCUAAAUUCAACACUUAUUGCGCUGGAUGUCUCAUUCAACCAGAUUUCUGGAACGAUCCAUCCUGAUAAGUUACAUUUGUCACUAAAUGCAGUUGGUACUAUGAUCUCUGGCGACAGGUCACUUAACAUGAGCUUUUGCCUAAUCAAACACGGGGUGUGCACUGGAAACACAUCAGCAUCUUCAUUUUCGAUCAACUCUGGUGGAAAGCAAAUAGUGUCAGUGCCAGGAACUCAAUUUGAAGAUGAUUCGGAGACGCUGGGUCCAGCAUCAUUGUACAUGGGCCCGAAUGAUCACUGGGCAGUGAGCAGUUCUGGAAUACUCAUCCACAACCCAAAUGGACAGAUAUAUACGGCCUAUACAGAUUCUCAGAUCACAAACACUUUAGGCUCUGAACUCUACAAAACAGCCAGGAUAUCUCCUAGCUCAUUGAGGUAUUUUGGUCUUGGGUUAAAGAAUGGCACAUACAAUGUUGAUCUUCAUUUUUCUGAAAUACAAAUGGAUGAUACUCCAAAGUCCUGGAAAGGCCUCGGGAGGCGGUUAUUUGACAUCUACAUUCAGGGGGAAAGAGUUGCUCAAGAUUUCAGCAUUAAAGACGAGGCCGGGGGAUCUAAGAAGGCAUUGUUGAAGAAAUUCAGGGCAAAUGUGACCAACAAUGUCUUGGACAUUCACUUUCUCUGGGCUGGGAAGGGAACUUGCUGCAUUCCCUACCAGAGCACUUAUGGCCCUCUAGUGUCAGCCAUCCACAUUUCUAAACUUUCUUGAAACCAUACCUCCCUGCUAACAGAUCUUCCGAUAAAUCGAUCGCGAUAUCUGAUAUGACAUGCAAUAAAAUUAUCAGAAGCUGAAGAACAAGUUGUAUGAUUGUGACUCAUUUUUGAACAAGCUGAAGAACAAGUUGUAUGGUUGGAGUACCAAAUCUUGUUCGAUCGUGCUGAAAUUUUAGGAGGAGUCUAAGGACUCGUGGAGCUUCAAUCUGAACGGUGGAGAUCGAAUUCCUACGGUUCAAUCUCGAGAUAUGAGCUUUGAAACAGCCUGCAUAUUUUUGCAGAUCAAGAAGAAUCUUUAUUUGGAGGUGUACUGGAAUCUACGUCCUUGAAGAUCUUUGAGGAGGUGUAACUAGCCGUGGAGAUAGACGCAAACCGAGUUUGUCGUCAAGUCAUUCGUAAGUAGACAAAUCAAUACAUUAGAAGGUUCUGUUGUGAUUGAUUGUGUAAUUCUUACGAUGAUUUAGUGGAAGAGCUAUUACACGGACGUGAGCCUUGCAGACGUAGGAGAAUUUGCUCUGAACUGCGUGAACAAUUCUGGUGUCUUGCUUGCUGUUUUUACUUUAUAUUUUACGCGUGUGCUUGUGACAGACAGUGUUCCAGCAUAUUCUCUACAACAUAGUUGAUUGUUUUGUUUGCAUAGCUUAUGUUUGGUG